CAUAUCGAUUAGAGACAACCCUGUCUUUUUGCCGAAGAAAUUUUCACGAAAACGUUUUUACAGAUAAACAUAAAAUAAAAAACCAUUUGUGGAUUAUAGGCGGAAUGUGCAAAGUUUUUUGGUAAAUAACUUGUAACGUUUUAAGCCAGAUCAAUUUAAUUGCGAAUAUUAUGUCGUCUAUUAUAACGCGCAAGGAUGCGGAGAGCGUUGCCGCCGAUGCCGACGACGACCACAAAUCGAAAUCAUCCAACAAACGUUCGGCGUCCGCUUCAGGCGCUGACGGCGGCGGCAUCGUCGAUGCUGCCUCUGCUGCUGCUGUUGCUCCAAAGAAGUCCCGAUUCGACGUCAAGGAGAAGAAUGGCAACCAAGUCGAUGCUAUGGCCGCCUCGCUAAGCUCCACACAAAUUAAACUGAUGAUGGCUCAUGCUCAACGUGAGAUCGAGGAACGCAAGCGGGCACUGAGUAAUCUUCGGGACAAGGAUCCGCUGCUCGCGUCUGUACCCCAAAUAGGAAUGCCCGUGGCACUGGCCACACAAGCGCUGGCCAAAAAGCCCACGCCCGAGGAUGCGGACAAGGCCAAGAAGAUUGCGGAGCUGCAGGCGCAAAUACGUGCCAAGUUGACGGGUAAUUUGGCCAAUUUAAUACAGCAACAGCCCACAGCGGUUGCAGCAGCCGCCGCUGCAGCGGCCCAACAACAACAGGAGCGGCCCAAACCACUGAUAUUGGACGAAGAAGGACGCACUGUCGACAAAAGCGGGCGUGCCAUCAAUAUACCAACGGUGACGCCCACUUUGAAAGCGAACAUACGCGCCAAGAAACGUGAGGUAUUCCAACGUCAAGGCACGGGCACCGAGGGUAGCAGUAGCAACAGCGGCGGCGGUGCCGGCGGCUCGACGGGCAGCACACACGAUGAUGGCGUCAAGUAUUUCGAUGAUCGCAUUGCACUGAAGCCGACGAUAAGGAAUAAGCGUACGCUGCGCUUCCAUGAGCCCGGCAAGUUCCAGCAACUGGCGGAGCGCAUGCGCAUGAAGAGCCAGCUGGAGCGUUUGCAGAAUGAGAUAUCACAAAUCGCACGCAAGACAGGCAUCUCAUCGGCAACCAAGCUGGCGUUGAUAGCGCCUAAACAGGAUAUGCCUGAUGAUGUGCCCGCCAUGGAGUGGUGGGAUUCGGUUAUUCUCAGCCAGGACAUGGAGACGCUGGACGAGACGAGUGGCAAGAUAAGCAUACGUCAGACGGCUAUCAGCAAUCUCAUCGAACAUCCAACGCAAAUGAAGCCACCAAAUGAACCAUUGAAGCCCGUUUACUUACCUGUUUUUCUAACCAAAAAGGAGCGCAAGAAGCUGCGUCGCCAGAAUCGUCGAGAGGCCUGGAAAGAAGAGCAGGAGAAGAUACGUUUAGGUCUUGUUGCACCGCCCGAGCCCAAGCUGCGUAUCUCGAAUCUAAUGCGCGUGCUUGGCACCGAUGCUGUCCAAGAUCCCACCAAGAUUGAGGCGCAUGUUCGUGAACAAAUGGCUAAGCGGCAAAAGGCUCACGAGGAUGCCAACAAUGCCAGGAAAUUGACCAGCGAACAGAAAAGCGAGAAGAAGCAACGCAAAUUGAAGGAGGACACCAGCUGUGGUGUACAUGUGAGCGUCUAUCGCAUACGCGAUCUACAGGAUAAUCAGAGCAAAAAGUUCAAGGUGGAAACAAAUGCCAAACAAUUGCAAAUGACUGGAAGUGUGGCGCUCUUUCGUGAUUGUUGUGUGGUUGUUGUGGAGGGUGGUCCUAAGCAGCAGAAGAAGUAUCGUCGUCUCAUGCUGCAUCGUAUCAAGUGGGAGGAGGAUGUGGUCAAGGGCAACGACGGGCAGGAUGUGUCCAACUCGUGUGUGCUCGUCUGGGAGGGCACAAGUCAGCGUAGACACUUUGGCGAGAUCAAAUUCAAAAUAUUUCCCAUGGAGAAGAUGGCACGCGAAUUCUUUCAGAAGCAUCAAGUCGAACACUACUGGGAUUUAGCCUAUUCGGGCGCCGUGCUUGAGGCAUCCACUGAUCAGCAGUAGACUAUACAAAUUUUUAUCCAUUUAGACACCCCCGAAAUUGUUAAAACACUUUUAGAUCGUUAAGUAUAACACAAAAUUAUAUAAACAUGAAACAUUUAUUUUGCGGUAUAUGGAUCCUCUUUGAUGUUGCUUUGUAUGAACUCGUGGAGUCCUUGCUGCUGCAGCUUCUCAAUGAUUGCAGCCAGCCGCUGAUCCUCUUGAUGUUCCAGUUGCUUUUCACGCAUAUCCAGCACAUGCUGCUCCUUCACACGUUCGGUAAGCACGCGUUUAAUCAGCUGCCGCAGCGAUUUGUUUAUUUCUAGCGUGUAAUCCAAGAGUUGGACAUAAGUCUCAGGCUUGAGGUAACCACAUUGUUGACACUGCGCCAGCUGCUCAAAAGUUUCCAUGCUCGCAAUGAUGAGUAGGCCAUGUUGUUGCACAUCCUUUUGCUCCUCUUUCUCCUCCUUGGACUUACUGCUGCUGCCCAGCAGCGCAUUGCCCGCUCUGUGCUGCCAAAGCAACUCCUCCACCUUAGCGGUGGGGUUAACGAAUACAUGAUCACGAUAAAUGCAUGCUGUGGAGGCGGUGAUCAGGUCAUAUGUGGAUAUGCCACACUCGAUCAGCGCAACACCGCAACAAUUGAUCGCAGUACUCAGCAGGCAGCCAUCGUCAUCCAAGAUUAAAACUCGAAUAUCGAGUUGAAAGUUGACAAAUUCAUUGCGACAAACUAAGGGUUGCAGUGCCUUGGUCAGCAUGCUGCUCAGGUGCUUUUCACGUUCCGGCACCGCUUCCAGAUCAUCGCUGGCAAAAGCCGCAAAGUUCACAUAGCAAUUGAUGACACCCAUAUUCACACGACGCACGUUGGAGCGGAUUAGUUCGCGUGGCGGGGCCACUAUGGCCAUCACCUUAGUGUUGCCAUAUUCCAUGUAAGCAGAGCCUCUCACUGUGGUUAGUACUCCAACUCGUAUAACUGCAAGUGAUUAAUAAUUUCUUUAACAAUAAUAUAUACUUCAACAUUUCAUUUACUUACAAGUUGGACGUGGAGCUGCAACAACUGUCGUCGGUUUUUUCAAUGCUUUCGAAGAAAUCCUCACAAUCCUGUGGGGUUGUGUAUAGUUGUGAAUCUAUGGUGGCUCCAUCGAGCAACGUAUUUUUGGUUUGUGUUACGCGCAACAUUU